UAACCAAAUGGGUUUGAACGAGUUUAAGUUUUCAUUCAAACUUUGCAAAAAUAUACUAAAUCUCAAAAAACACGGUAUUCGACAUAAUAGGCAAUUUUUGACCCACUGAACAAUCUUAUCUUAUUAACGUCUGUUAUCAGUAGUCAUACUUAUUAAAGCAGUUCAGUUUUUCAUUAAAUGUCAAAGUGCAAGCAUGCCAAACACAGAAAAUUGUCUUGUCGAGAUUCCAGUUGAAUACCUUUCACAGUUCAGAGAUGCUUAUAAAAUCAAUUGGCCAGAGCACAUACUGGCUUUCAGUUUUCUUGAUAAAAUGAUUAAAAGAUUUAAGGAACGACCAGAACAAAGAGAAAUUGUAAAAAUUUAUUCUGUUAAUGGGAAAUUAGAAGAAGAUGCAACAUUCAUUGCUGUUGUUCAAGACUACACAGUUGUAGUCGCGACUCUAGAUUUGUCUUUCAAUCGAUUAUCUAGAGGACUGAAAGGACUUAAUUUUAAAACAGUCAAGAAGUUUUCUGGUCUUCGAGAAAUUUACAAAACUGCAGUACUUGAAUUCAUCAAAAAUGAAGGUUUGAUCACCUUAGUUCAUAAGGAUAUGAUAAUGGUCCACAUGAACUGCGAAGAUGCUAAAAAACUUAAAUAUGAAGUUCCUAAAGGGCUUGUAAUUCGAGAAUUAAACAAUUCUGAUAUCAACAAAGUUAAUUCAGUAUGGCCAAAUAGAUACAAUGGAUCAGAGAAACUCCUUUCAUACUGCAUCGAUACAAACUUCUCUCUUGGUUUGUUUGAUAAAAAAUCUGGAGAAUUGCUAGCUUGGUGCCUUGAAAAUGAUGUCAACAGUUUGUUCGUUCUUCAAGUCGAUGAGAAUCAUUUGAGGAAAGGAUAUGCGACAAUUAUAACAAAAGCUUUGAGUAAAUUAAUAGCAGAUGAAAGAGGAUUGGAUAUUAAUGCAAAUAUAAUAUGCUCUAAUGUUAAGUCUAUGGGAUUGUUUGAAAAACUUUCUUUUAAAGUGAUUGAUAAUAAUUCUUUUGUUAUUGUGAGAAAUUAAAGAACAUGUUUUAUGGGCAUGUUUAAAUUAUGUAUUUUAGACCUUUUUGUCUAGCUUCUGGUUUAUCUAUCAUGGACACAGGUUUGAU